UAAACGGGAGAAUUGAGGAUAGGGGGUAUAACUAAUAGUAUUAAAUAUUUUGCAGGACCUGAUCAAAUAUAAAGCAAUAGUAGUUUUUGUUUAGUUAAAACAAAUCUAAACUUUUUUGAGAAAGAAAACAAAUCUAAACUUAAGGGACUAAAACUUGAAAAAAAAAAAGAGUACACGAAUAAACAGUGCUGAUAAAUAGUACAACAGUCGCUCACAGUUCAUAUCUCCUUUCCUUGUUGUCCAUUUUUGGUGACGUUCAUUGUUCAUAUCUCUUCUCUUUUUUCUUUCUCCGUUUGAGGUGACGUUACGAAGAUGGAAGAAAUGGAAGAAGAAGAAGAUGAUGAUGAAGUCUAUUCUUAUGGAGGAGGAAAAGGCUAUAAAGCCAACAAACGAAAAACGAAAAAGAAAAAGGAAAAGCCCACCCAACCUCAGAAAUUGGUCCCAUCCGAUGACAAUUUUCCAACAGAUCUUGAAGAAGGCACUACACAAACUGAGUUGGAUUGGUUAACCAAAAGGAACGGUGCUCUAAGAAACGUGACCGAUCAAGGAAAUAGACGUACUUGCUGGACGAUUGCUUCAACGAGAGGCUUGUCUGCAAGUCUUGUAAUUGCAGACAGAUUUGAUCCUCCUGAUGCCAACUUAUCAGCUCUCCAUAUGCUAGUAGGUUUGAUUGACAAAGUAGAUACCACCGGUGGACUACAAAACCUUGAGCAUCUAAGGAGUUUUAUGAUCAAUUGGGGUGCUGUUUUAGAGGAAGACUGUGACUGUCCUCAGUUAGCCCUAGAAUCGAAAAAGGAUUCAUCUAAACCCAAACCGGUUCUAUGUACCAACAAAAAAAAAGCCAAGCAAACUCGCACGUUUAAGGUUAAAGAUCUCAUCAUUCUAAAGGAGGUCGAUGAAAAAGAACUCAUGCGCUUGGUCAAUUUGGGACCUGUGGCAGUUACUAUAGAUGUGCACACAGCCUUUAGUACCUUCAAAGGGGAUGGUAUCUACACGGGACCUACAAAUAAGUGUCGCAAACUGGACAGGCACAUGUUAUUAGUGUACGGAUAUGGAACUGACAAGUUGACAGGAAUCCAUUAUUGGAGAGUUCAGAAUUCAGCAGGACUUACUUGGGGGAUGAAUGGAUAUGGAAAAAUAGUUAGACAAAUCAGCCGUGGUACAGAAGCAAAUAAGUCUUUGUUUACUAGCGUUAUUUAUCCUCAGCUUCUUGAUCACUAUGAAGGGCAAAAGUAAAAUGUCUGGAAAGAUGAGGAAGACUCGCCUUGUCUAAUACUAAGAAGAGCUUCUGAUGAAAGGACAAAAGGGAAAACGUCUCCAGAGAAUAGUUUUUUUUCUUCUCAAAAACAACUCUUUUACUUGCUUCCACUCUCUCCAGAGAAUAGUUUCUGGUUUAGACAUUCUCGACUGCUUUUCUUCUUCUUUUAUUUACUUACUCGCUCGCGUCUAUUUGUGUGCGUUUUAUUUCUGUUUCUUUCUUUUAUUUGCUAAAACAUUUCUCAGUUCUGUUUUAGACCUUGAUGAGGAGUGUAUAUACAUUACCAAGUGGUUCAGAC